GAAUGGAUGUGAAUGCUCUAACUUCCUAUAUAUAACCUACUUCUACCUUCACAUACAACCAUACUAGAUACUAAACUCUCUAGUCCAUAAAAACCCCAAACCAUCUGCCACUCUUCGCUUCUCAAAUUCGUCAAUGGACGAUAACAGUUGGGACAAAACUCAGUUGCCAGCAUCUUCAAAAAACCUCAUCUCCGAGCGUAAAAGGAGGAAGAAGCUGAAUGAUCAGUUGUUUGCACUAAGAGCAGCGGUCCCCAAUAUUAGUAAGAUGGACAAAGCGUCAAUAAUCAAGGAUGCGAUUGAUUAUAUUCAAACAUUGCAAGAUCAAGAGCAAAGGAUCCAAAACGAAGUGAACGAAUUGAACAAAAUUUAUCAUGAUGCGAUAUUAUCCACCACCAACAACUUCUCUCACAAAAAUCUGAUAGCGGAAGGUGCGUUAGGAAAGGUGUACAAAGGACAACUCAAGAGGAUAAAAGUGGCCAUACAUAGGUUGGAUUGUAAGCAUGGGCAAGGAGACGAGUUAGAAGCAGAGAUUUCAAUGAUUAAGAGUCUCGAACACAAAAAUAUCACAUCUAUUUUGGGCUAUAGUGAUGAGAAUAAUGAAAAGAUCAUCAUUUACAAAGCAUUUCACGGAACUCUUAACCAACAUUUACGUAAUCAAACUCUCACAUGGGCCCAAAGACUUCAAAUAUGUUUAGGUGUUGCACGAGGCUUAAAUUACAUCCAUUAUGAUUAUGAUGUCAUACAUUGUGACAUCAACAGCUCUAAAAUAAUUUUAGAAGAAAAUUGGGAACCCAAAAUUUAUGGUUUCGAACUUUCCACAAAGUAUCCUCAAAGUUGGAGGCAUCGCCUUCUCUUCUCUCGCUACUUUGACACCAAUAAUUUGACACCCAAAUAUGAUGUUUACUGUUUUGGUGUGUUAUUGCUUGAAGUCCUUUGUGGGAGGAAACCAGUGAUUACAAACGAUGGUGUUCAGGAAGAACUAUAUCAGAUCAUUGAUCCUUAUUUAAGAAAGCAAAUGGACUCACAAACGUUGGCACACUUCACAAACAUAGCGUAUAAGUGCUUGAAUCAACAACAUGUGCAACGUCCAACGAUGGAUCAAAUUGUCAAAGACCUUGAGGAGGUGCUGGAACUUCAUUGGAAACAUGCUGAUCUUAAUGAACACUCAAAAGCGACAGUUGAAGGUACAUCAUCCAACAACUUGAAGAUGGAUUUCUUGAAUAUUCCACUAAGAGAAAUAAGACAGGCCACAAACGGUUUCAGUCAAGCAUGUUUUGUUGGGUCUGGCGGGUAUGCUCAUGUGUACAGAGCAAAACUUGAUGUUUUAGAUACACAAAGUUUGUCAUCAAUGGAAGGGAAGAGUAAAGAUGAAGUGCCUAAGAUAAGCAAAACUGUAGCUAUAAAAAGGAUUGCUAAUAGAGCAGAUGAGCAAGCUAAACAAGGGUUCUUGACAGAAAUUGAAUUGCUUUCUAGUUGUAAGCAUCCAAAUAUAGUCUCUCUCCUUGGUUUUUGUGACGAAGCUGGUGAAAUGAUUCUUGUUUACGAGUUUGCUUUUAAAGGAAGCCUUGCUGAUUAUUUGGUAAGCACUGACACAGUUAUCCUUACUUGGACGCAAAGAAUAAAAAUUUGCCUUGAUAUUGCGAGUGGAAUUAGUUACCUUCACACUGACAUGGAGGGAAAACCAAGGAUAAUACAUAGAGAUAUAAAGAGUGAUAACGUUUUAUUCGAUGAAAAUAUGAAUGCAAAGCUUGCUGACUUUGGGCUCUCCAAAUUGCAUCCUACAAAUCAACAACCUAGCACUAUCUAUUCAAAAAAUAUUGCAGGGACAACAUUAUAUAUGGACCCAGAAUAUUUGGCUACGGGUAAGUAUAAAAGGGAAUCAGAUAUUUAUUCCUUUGGAGUAGUUUUAUUUGAGAUCCUAUCUGGGAGAGUGGCAUAUGAUUCAAUUUACACUAACGAAAAUGACUUGGGGCUUGCACCCAUUGCAAGGAGACGAUUCAGCGAGGGAACGCUAAAGGAACUAAUUGAUCCAAAAAUAAUUGAAGAAGAUGAUGGUCAAAUUUUUACUCUUAAUAGAAGACCUAAUCAAGAUUCAUUCCACACAUUUGCCAAAAUCUCAUAUCAGUGUUUAGCAGAAACUCAAGCUAAGCGUCCAACAAUCAAAGUCGUUAUUCAGAAACUUCAGAAAGCAUUAAAAUUGCAAGGGGAAACAGUGGUACUCUUGAGGUUUCGACUUAGUGAUAUAGUGUCGGCGACCGAGAACUUUGCUGAAGCAUACCGCAUUGGUUUAGACACAAUUGGGACGGUGUACAAAGCCGAACUCAAUCAUUUUAGCAACAUUAGUUCAUUGGCAAAAGAAGGGAAGAAUGAUGAUGAACUUUCCAAGAAUCGUAUUACUGUGGCUAUAAAACACAUCACUAGCAGAGAAGGCGGGCAAGGAAAACAAGAAUUCUUCGAAGAACUUGAAAUGCGUGCUAGUUAUAAGCAUCCAAAUAUUGUUUCUCUUCUUGGAUUUUGUGAUGAAGGUGAUGAUAUGAUCCUCGUCUACGAGCCUGUGUCUGAGAGAAGCCUUGAAGACUAUUUGAAAAGCGUGGAUAAAACGGAUACUUUUACAUGGACCCAACGUCUACACACGUGUCUUGCUAUUGCACAUGCACUCAAUCACCUUCACACCAAUAUAGUCAACCUACUAAGGAAAAUACACAUUGACAUAAAGAGCGCCAACAUCAAGUUAGACAAAAACUGGGGGGCGAAAAUUGCUUACUUUGUGAGCUCCAAGUUACAAGCAAAUCAAGAGGUAGGCAUGAAAGUGUAUGAGGACCCGGAAUAUGAAAGGACAGGUAAACUGGAAAGACGUAGUGAUGUUUACUUUUUUGGAGUUGUUCUUUUUGAAAUCUAUUGUGGAAGGGUGGCAUAUGAUCCGGUUUACGUAAAAGAAAACGAAGAAGGGCUUGCACCCAUUGCACGCCAAUGUUUCAAAGAUGGAACCAUACAUGAAAUGAUCGAUCCGAGCUUACAGGGAAAAAUGGGUGAAGACAUUUUCACUUCACCCAAUAAAAAAUCUUUGAACACAUUCUUAAAAAUUGCAUUUCAUUGUUUGGGAGAAGCUGCCAAGCGUCCAACAAUGGAAGUGGUGAUCGAGGAACUUAAGAGCGCAUUAAACUUGCAAGUCCUCGAAGGCGUGGAUACAUGAUAUUGAUCGGGUUCCUCAAGCGAGUGAAUACGGAUGGAUUUAUGGAGCUUUAAAAUGAUUGUAUUCCUAAUUUCCUAUAAUUACGCGUUUCCAGCCUACUGUAUGUAAAUUAUUAAGACAAUAGAAUUGUAAAAUCAACUUCAUUCAAUUUGGAUGUCAUUUAAUUAGCAUCCUCAACCAUUUUUUUGUUUCCUUUUA